AUGUCGUGGAAGCUGGGCCCCGAGCUGGCCAACUCGAUCAAGCACUACAGCUCCUUCCCAGCGACCGGCGUGAGUUUGCGACAAAUGGUGCAGUUUGGCUCCCAUCCCUCCUCCGGCACCCUCUUUCGCGCCUCACAAUUCCUCUCCGAAGAGCUGCCCAUCCGUCUCGCCCAUCGCGUGCAGGAACUCAACGACCUGCCCGAUGGCUUGAACGAGAUGCCGAGUAUUCAACGCGUGCAGAACUGGUAUGCGCAGUCGUUCGAGGAAAUCACCAACCUUCCCAAGCCCAACCUGUCCAGCGAGGUCAAGGAGCGCCUCGUGAGACCGUCAAAGGAGCAAGGAAAGCACCCCAGGUUGCUGCAAGAGCCCACGCGGAACCCCAGCGUCGCGCCUGGCGAGUACAGAUCGGGAGGUGCAAGAGACGCCGAGUCGGCCAAAGCCGCGGCGGCGAAACGACGUUACUACAGCGCGGCCGACGAUGGCAACGGCGACUGGCCCCCCGAGAUGAACGACUACAACAACAAAUUCGCCAAUUGCCUCGAGGGCAUCAAGCGGCGGCACGACGGCGUCGUCACCACCAUUGCCCAAGGCAUCCUCGAGUACAAGCGGAAGAGGCAACGCAUGCAGAUUGAUCACAGCAUUCAACAGUUCCUCGAUCGCUUCUACAUGUCACGCAUCGGCAUUCGAAUGUUGAUCGGACAACACGUCGCCCUGACCGAGCAACGUAUGACGUCCGAUCCGAAUUACGUGGGAAUCAUCUGCACCAAAACAAAUGUGCGCGAGUUGGCUCAGGAAGCAAUCGAGAACGCGCGAUUCGUCUGCGAGGACUAUUACGGGUUGUUCGACGCGCCGAAAGUGCGUCUCGUUUGCGAUCCCAACAUCAACUUCAUGUAUGUCCCCGGACAUCUGUCGCACAUGCUGUUUGAAACGCUCAAAAACAGUCUGCGAGCGGUGGUGGAGAGGCACGGACAGGACAAAGAAGAGUUCCCCGUGACGCAGGUGGUGGUCAGCGAAGGAAAGGAGGACAUCACCAUUAAGAUCAGCGAUGAGGGAGGCGGCAUCUCUCGGUCUAACAUUCCCCUGGUGUGGACGUACAUGUAUACCACCAUCGAUCAAACGCCCAACCUGGACCCGGACUUCAAUCAGAGUGACUUCAAGGCGCCCAUGGCGGGUUUCGGGUACGGAUUGCCCAUCUCGCGUCUAUACGCACGGUACUUUGGGGGGGACUUGAAGUUGAUCAGCAUGGAAGGAUACGGCACCGACGUCUACCUCCACCUCAAUCGUCUCUCUUCCUCCUCGGAACCCCUCCAAUAA